GCGCAUUGAGUCAUUUCCCUCCUCACCCUCGCGGCACGGAGGAAUGGUGCGUGUCUGGGAGUCGGGUGUUGGUGCUCCGAGCCAGGGAGAUCGGUGCGAAAGUAGCAUUCACAGCCCGAGCCAAGGAAUGCGAACUCCCACUCCCCUACCCCCUCGUUCACCCCCUCAUUCCCCGUGGAGAGCGGGGGUGGGGGGAAUGAGAGGGGUGGGUAGGGAGCUCAAGGGUAUAAAUGCAGAGAGGGAACCCUCCGCUGCGUGCCAGCAGUGCUCCAAUGUCUGCCGCUGCCCGAAGGAGCCCCCCGUGUGCCCCGUGGGCGUGAGUCUGGUGGCCGACGGCUGCGGCUGCUGCAAGGUGUGCGCCAAGCAGCUGGGAGACGUGUGCACCGAGGCGGACUCGUGCGACCCGCACCGCGGCCUCUACUGCGCCUUCAGCACCGAUCUGCAGAUCAGGAUCGGCGUCUGCUCUGCUCGCGACGGAGUGCCGUGCGAGCUGGGUGGCACCGUGUACCUCAACGGCGAGAGCUUCGAGCCCAGCUGCAAAUACCGCUGCACGUGUGUGGACGGAGCCAUCGGCUGCGUGCCGCUGUGCGCGCAGGACGUGCGGCUGCCCAGCGCCGACUGCCCGCACCCACGGCACGUCAAGCUGCCCGGCAAGUGCUGCGAGGAGUGGGUGUGCGACGGACGCAAGGAGCCCAACUCCACGCCACUCGGGGGAUUCGCCCUACCCGCGUACCGCCAAGAGGAGACCUACGGCCCCGACCCGGAGUCGGUGCACGACAAUUGCAUCGUGCAGACCACCGAGUGGAGCGCCUGCUCGCACACGUGCGGCCUCGGGGUGUCGUCGCGCGUCACCAACGACAACCGCCAGUGCCGCCUCGAGCGCCAGACCCGCCUGUGCACGGUGCGACCCUGCGACGUGCCGCUCCAGGAUGUCAUCAAGAAGGGGAAGAAGUGCAUGCGCACCCCGAAGGCGGCCAAACCCAAGCGCCUCGAGUUCUCCGGCUGCACGAGCGUCAAGACGUUCCGGCCCAAGUACUGCGGGCAGUGCACAGACGGCCGCUGCUGCACCCCGCACCACACGAGCACGGCUGCCGUGGACUUCCGCUGCCCCGGCGGCGAGCGCCUGCGCCGGCAGGUCAUGGUCAUCCACACGUGCGCCUGCCACUACAACUGCCCCGGCGCCAACGACGUCUUCGACUCGCCCUACCAGCGGCACAUGAUCGGCGACAUGGCCAGGAAGUGAACGGGGCUUUGCCGGCGGAGACGAGACGGACAAGUGUUACCAACCAUUCCCCAACCCCAUCGCAAACGGGGUUGAUUCCUUACCUGUACCCGUACCCGGCCGCACCAGGGUCGCAAUUGGGUACCCGUACCCGGCCAGGUACGGGUACCCGUUCCCUACCCGUAGCCGGGUAUCGGGUAGGGUACGGGUAUCGGGUACCCGGUUGCGACCUCCUGCCGUGGCCCAGUGUAGCUGGAGUGGCAGCUGGCCUGGGCCCGUGGAUGAAACGAGAGCCCUCUACUGGCAGGGCAGACCCUCGAGUAUGGCUUUACAUUAUGUAACUCAGUUUGGAUGUGUUGCAUGUACCCGUUUUUGUCAAUCCACUGCUAGAUGAGGACCUCCCUCACGCCGUUGCAGGCCGAGGGAUAUUUGACCAUACUUCACCACGCUGGUCAUUGCGGGUUGGUGAAGUUAGGGGGUUGGUGGGGGUGCAAUACAGCAGUUAAGUUUGCUGCACUGCCCUCUACUGCCCACAGCGCCUGGUGCAGUAUUGGGCAUGGUGGCCGAUCACAUCUCCAAGUGCUGUACAGGCUCUGGCCUGCUUGGCUUCUGAGAUGCUAGCUUCGAAGAUCUGACGAGAUCGGGCGCGUUCCGAGUGAAUGGUCCUAGGCCACUUUAGAUAGGAGUGAAAUUUGUAAUUGAUGUAUGUGACUCUACCCUCCGAAAAACCUUGAAACUUGUCUCGGGGGUUGUGUGAAAUAUGAACUUGGCUACUUAUGAAUGUGGUGAAUAAUUAGAUACAGUGGUGCGUACAUAGAAAACUAAAUCAAUGCACAUUGAUGGGUUAAUACGUAAUCUUUAAUCAUGAUUGACGAUCUUUAGGCCAGAAUUGCCUUUAGUGCACCUGAACGCGUUCCUCUAAGAACACAACUUUACGACUGUAAAUAUUCCUACUCUUGAGUUUAUACUAAUUAAACGUACAACGUAUAAUUAUUGAAGCAUAAUUUUGUGCAAACUCAUAUAGUCCCUUAUUUAUAAAGUUCAACCUUUUUUUUUAUAUAAUGUAAAUGUAAACAUAUCUAUGUGUUAACAAAGUGUGGUAUGGUGACGUUUAUGGGUCUGACAUUCAUUUCAAGUUCCGCGAUAUUUGACAACUUAUAAGUUAUUGAUCAUUUGGCACCACGUGUAGCCAAUUCAUAUCUUAACAGUUUUCUCUGAUAUAAUAAUAUAUUUCUCAUGCCUUUCUUUGGUUAAUCGAGUGCAGAUAAUGCAUUUCUAAUUGGUUACCUUUUCAGGAUGUAGUGACAUGUUGUACAUAUUGUAUAUAACUUGUACAAUGUUUAACUUAUGCUGUAUAUCAACCAUGUUGCUGUCGUGUUUCAUUUCUUUUGUUUACGUGCUUUUUAGUUUCAGUGUAUUAAUAUGCAGCUUAUAGGGCAUACCUAUGUUUGCAAUGUUAUUGAAUGCAUUUGCACUUGUGCCAUAAAGUUUAUUUUUGAUACA